AUGGACGACCCCUCGGUAGACGGCAACCCGCCCUCUGAGCGAGGGCCGCCCAGGAAGAGACGGCGCAUCGUCAUCUCAUGCGGCGAGUGCCACAGACGUAAGCAAAAGUGUGACCGCGAGCUGCCCUGCUCCAACUGCCGGUCCAGGAAUCGGGAGUCGGCCUGCAGCUAUGACCCCGGGGCACCCACGGCCCGGGACUAUGAGAUGCGCAAGCCCUCACCGGGCCGUCAUGACGACCAAGGCGACCUCAAGAGAGAUGAGCCGCUGUCGUCCAUGGCCGCCACCUGGGGAUAUGGCCAGACUGGCACCUCGACAAUCGGCUUCCUCAAAAAGAUUGAGAUGGCGGACGCGGACUAUGUCGAUGGACCCAUGGCGGCUCCAUCCUGGGGCUCCAAGCAGCAGAGCUUUGCCAUUCGGGAAAAGUACAAGGGCCUCAUCAGGCAACUUCCUGCGAGGACCUACGUCGACAAGCUCAUCCGCCUGUUCCUGCACGAGUUCAACUACCAGUACUCGUACGUCGACCCGGGCCUCUUCUUCAAGCAACUUGAGGAGUGGCACAGCAUUCCGUUCAACGUGCUGUCCAACGAGGGGCCCGAGGCACUCUCGCCAGACCUGAGGGCGUUUCCCGCUGUGCUGUUUCAAAUCAUCGCGACGGCCCUGCUGCUCAUAUCCGAGGACGAGCCCUCCGACUUCCAGGGCCUGAAAUACGCAGGGACCAUGACUUUUGAAGACUUGGCCUCCGAGUAUAGUGAAUCCGGUGCUGCGAUUGUCAACCUCUUUGGCAAGAAGGGCUUGUCACUCACGACUGUGCAAGCCGAGUUUCUGAGAGCUUCGUUUCUGAAGUUUACUGCCAACGUCACAGAAUCGUGGCACACGAUUGGGGUUGCUGUCAGGGACGCGCAAGAGCUUGGCAUGCAUCGCGACAGUCUCGACCCGAAGCCCAAGGAUGACACUCCAGAAGCCAUUCUAGAAAACCAGUGGCUUGUCCAGAGACGGCGUAAAAUGGAUAUCAACAUGUGUGUCAUGUUGGGCCGGCCAGGAGCCGUGGAUGCAAGACACGGCCUGCCGUCCAUCCCCAUCGACGUACCGGCGUCGACCUUUCAGUCGAAAACAGCGCUGAUACAGCGGGACAAGGACAAUGACCCACCGACGCCCCUCACGCGGGCGCUAUGGCUCCAUGAACUCAUGUUCCCGCUCCGAGACAUUCUCGAUCUCGAGCGGGAAGGGCCGUACCCGAGAGACUUUACCAAGGUUGACAGGCUUCAUCAGGCAAUCAUGGAGCUGAACGACAGGAAGCCGGCUGCAUUCCGACUGGAAAACCCAGACACGAGGUGGGACAAUGAUGUCGACACGCAUUGGAUUCAACCAACUCGGCUCUACGUGGCACAGCUGCACGAGUUCAGUCUCAUGGCGUUGCAUCGGCCGUACAUAUUUCAUCGAAAAGAGAGCCGCAUACACGCGUUGCGUGCCAGCCUGGAUUUGUUGGAGCUACAACGGCAGUUUUUCGAGAGCCUUCCACCCAGGGCAUGGAGGAGCUUCCUGUUGUUCUUUGGAAGCUUUGACGCGAUUGUCGUCAUCGCGGCCAUUUAUAUACUGUUCCCACACGACCACCCUGAGCUUCGGGACAGCGCGACGCAGAAAGUGUACUGGGCGAUUGAGCGGUUCGCGGCAAUGCAAGAUCGCAACCCCUUGGCCAAGUCUGCGCAGGGCGUGUUGCGCGCCAUCCUGGCGAAACUGACGAGAGCGGUGGGUGGGCAGACGGCGUCAACCACCGGGGGGAGCAGCACACAGACCCCUGGCGCCACAAGCCUCGGACAGACGAGCGCAACGUCGGUGAGCCCACCGAGCAAACCGGCAGUUGAAACGGGCCACGUCGCGGCCGGGCCGGGGGCACCGGUCCAGGACGUAGGGUACUCGACGGCGAUGAUGGCGGCGGCCGACUGGUCCCUGCCGCCGGUAGACAACCUGGCGGCGAUCGCUCCUCUGUUUCCGACGUCAGACCUCAUCUACAACGACCUCACGGGCAUCCCGCAGCAGGGGAUGAUGGCGGUGCCCAUGGACGGAGACGACGCGUCGCUGGGCACGGGCGGCGUCUUGCCGUGGCAAUUCGAAGGCGACUUUGGCGAGGACACGGUAUGGCAGAUUCUCAACCAGUUUCAGUCACAGGAGGCGUGA